CAAUUCUUAUCGUUGUUUUUCCUUUACAUCAAAAUCAGCCUAUCAGAAGAUCGACGUCAAGCCUGAUUUUUGAUUAGAACAAGAAAAAACGAACGAAAUAAUAAACACACGAAAAAAAGGAGAAAAAAAAGGAAAAAGAGGAAAGUCAGACAAGAAAAGAAAAAUGUCCGAAGUGAACAUCCCCGCGAAAAUGAAGGCCAUUCAGGUCGUAGAAUAUAAGAAACCAUAUGAAAUUCGAGAAGUCGAAACCCCCUCCAACCUCACUGAAAACGACCUCCUCAUAAAAAUCGCCGUAGCCUCCAACUGCCACACAGACUCCAUGGUACAACAAGGCAUCUUCAACGCGCCUCUCCCCCUGACCGCCUCCCACGAAGGCGGCGGAACAGUCGUAGCCCUGGGGUCCGGCGCCGCAUCACGAGGUUUCCACGUGGGAGAUCGCGUCAUGGUCGGUUUACCGCUGCACCCAUGCGGGUCGUGCGGAGAUUGUUUGGGACCGGAAAAUCAGACGCAGUAUUGUACGCGGAUUGAAGGGCAUGUUGGGGUGCAGAGUCAUGGGUGUUUUGCCGAGUAUGUGAGAGCGGAUGCGGCGAGUACGACCAAGUUGCCGGAUGAUGUGAGUUUUAUGAGUGCGGCGCCGUUGGCGUGUGCGGGGAGGACGGUGUGGAGGAGUGUGCUCAAGAGUGGGCUGGUUUCCGGGCAGUGGAUUUGUUUCGUGGGGAGUGGAGGUGGACUUGGGCAUUUGGGGGUGCAGUUCGCAAAGGCUUUGGGGUUGAAGGUCAUUGGCGUUGAUGCUCGGGAUGAAGGAUUGGAGCUGACGAAGCAUUAUGGUGCGGAUGUCGUUGUUGAUGCAAGAAAGGGGAAGGAGCAGGUGGUGAAGGAGGUGCAGGCUGUGACUGGCGGCUUGGGCGCUGACUCGACUGUGACAUUGUCUGACCACAAAGAUGCCGCAGCCAUUGCCUGUGCGAGCACGAAGAUGCAUGGGACCAUGGUGCAGAUUGCUCAACCGGACAACGUCACCAUUCCGUUCGCCGAGCUCAUCUUCCGUGACAUCAGGAUUAUCGGGUCGCUCAUCGCGAGCGCCGAGGAAUCAAAGGGCAUGUUGGAUGUGAUUGCGAAGCACGGCGUGACUGUGACGACUGAGAAGUUCUAUGGACUGGACAGUAUCCAUGAUCUGGUUGAGCUGGUCCACGGUGGAAAGCUGAAAGGAAAAGCCAUCAUCGUGGUCGACAACGAGCAGAUUGAGCAUGAAAAGAAGCUUGGGGCGAAGUUCUAGGGGACGUGGGUUAGAACAAGUGCCCGUUCGGAAUCUCAAGUAGGAAAGUGACUUGCCUAUUUCACCCAAGCACUGAUCAACGAAGGUUUAGCUGCCACAGAUCCCAGUUAUUGAU